CGAACACAAAACAUAAAAAAACGAAGCUAGAGGAUACACGAUUACAAGAGCGCAUACUUAUUUUAAGAUGCCCUGCAGUUCCGCGGUGAUGAACCUAAAUGGAAACCACUACUCGGCACCUGUGCGUCUGGGUAAUUGGGUGGAGGACUUAUAUUUAAAGGAGGAUGAGCUGCGUUACUUUAAGAGGCAACGGGACAAGCGCGAACUACUGGCGGUCAAGACACGCGAGUUAUAUGACAACUUUUACAAGGAUGUCGAGCUGGAUGCGCCCAAGAUGCAUAUCAGCUAUGACUCUGUGGUGCAGGUGAUGCCUGCAAGCUUGAACAUCUGCGAUAUGGACGCCUCCGAAAUAAAUCCGGCACUCUCGGUAGUCGUCAAUGAGCGAGGAGUGCACACCAGCCAAACGGUGAACGAGGAUUGCGAACUGACCGUUGCGCCGUCGGAUAAGAGUUUGGUGCGCAACUCCUUUCGCAUCUUGAGGAGCAACAAAAUCGAUCAGACCAGCAAGGUUAUCAGAUAUGGAGAGCACUUUCGUUUGCAGUGCAUGGAGCCCACUGAUGAUCCCAUUUAUGUGUACAGUGCACCCAAAAUGUGCAACUUGUCGCAUCCGAUCAACUCUUCCGCAGUUUCGUUGAAGAACGGGGAAAUUAAUUUGCCAUUGGGUCUUGUUCAUCGUAGCAAAUGUGGCAUCGGUCGCGAUGUGCCUUUCGCCUUCACAGACUGGUUCUGCCUGCACGUUGAUCCCCAGAGCCGCUGCGAGUCCACAUUUCAGCCCGUGCCCAGCAAUACGCCUUUAAUACUGGUGCACGCAUCCACAAAUAAAAACAUGGCCGUGGAGAAUAUUGUUGUGCGGACCCUAUUUGGACCGGAGCUAUUGGUAUCGGUGCAGAACUAUCGCAACAGCUACAUACGGGAGAGCUGGAAGAACUUGUGGGUCAUUAGUAAUGGCCAACGCAAAACCGCCUAAAAAUCCCUGCACUCAUCUACGCUUUAUCUACCCAUUGCACCUACAUAUAUAGUACAGGAAGAACUAGCCAGUACAUGUACUGGAUAAUAAACGACAUUCCACAAAACUGAUAGCCACCCACAAUUAAAAUAGUAA